AUGCAUUUGCCAAUGACCUCGCAGGCGCACAUGACUGCGUCCACGAAUUCAUUAGUCGCUGGCAGGCCUCCAAGCACACACGCUCUCUGUAACACGCCAGAUACCAAUCAAAAGGGUGGGUCUUUCCUCAAAAUGGAGAAAUCAGACAGCAAAGAGGAUACAGUGGGUGAAAGUAACGACCAGCAAAACGAUGCUGGACUUGCGAUAGCCGCAAGGCUGCAUUCGCCGCGUGGAAAGGACGGUCAAACUCGGCGUAAAAGUGGCGAUGAGAGUGGUGGAACUCUGUUGCAGAAGGCAAGAUCGUCGAAUGGGAGAGGAAGCGACUCAAGUGAUAGAAAGUCAGUUCCCAACGAAGAAGCGGAGUAA